AUGAAUAUGUUGGAUGAUGAAGAUGACCAAAGCUUUCACGCUACGCGUGACGGCUACUCCCAUUUGAACGAUGUCGAAUGGGAUGCGGUUGAACGCAUGGGUUCAACCAUGAGCAUUCAUGCUGCUAGCGUCAUGCUAGAGGCUUUCAAUAGAGAUGCCCAACAUGCUACUAUCGCCAAGUUCAUUGAAAAUGAACUUGACGCUGAACGCGAGAAAGUAGCCUUGCUUCACCAACAAGGUUCUCAACAAGCAGAGUUGUUGAGAGAACAGGGUGCUCAACAGUUUGAACUGUUGAGACAGCAGCAGGCUGCUGCUGGUGGGUCGAUGCACUCGCGUCGACCCGAAAACUAA